UUUGUCUAUGGUUUUUUGACAAUUGCCAAAUCAGCCAGUCCCGUAUGUGUUGUAAAAUUAUUCAAUAUUGUUAAUAAUUCGUUAAAUUAAAUGAAUAUUGAGGCUAGGCAUUGAAUACCACUGAGGCUAGUGUAAUCUCCGUCCGCCGCAUGAACCGUUGACGACGGAUAUGGCGACGUACGAAGAGUUUAUACAGCAGAACGAGGACCGGGAUGGGAUACGGCUCACGUGGAACGUGUGGCCGUCGAGCCGGAUCGAGACGACUCGGCUGGUGGUGCCGCUGGCGUGCCUGUACCAGCCGCUGAAGGAGCGCCCAGAUCUGCCCCCGAUCCAGUAUGAGCCCGUGCUGUGCACCCGCAACACUUGCCGCGCGAUCCUCAACCCGAUGUGCCAGGUCGACUACCGCGCCAAGCUGUGGGUCUGCAACUUUUGCUUCCAAAGAAAUCCUUUCCCACCGCAAUAUGCCGCUAUAUCAGAACAGCAGCAGCCGGCCGAGCUCAUUCCCAACUUCUCCACCAUCGAGUACACAAUCACGCGCGCGCAGACCAUGCCGCCCAUCUACCUGCUGGUCGUAGACACGUGCAUGGACGAGGAGGAACUUGGAGCGCUGAAGGACUCCCUACAAACCUCCCUCAGUCUGAUGCCACAGAAUGCCCUGAUAGGACUCAUCACGUUUGGACGUAUGGUGCAGAUUCACGAAUUAGGAUCGGAAGGCAUAUCAAAAUGCUACGUCUUCAAAGGCACAAAAGACUUGACAGCCAAACAAAUUCAAGAGCAGCUGUCUAUUGGUCGCGUGACGGCUCCAAACCCGCAGCAGCGCGGCCCCGGCGGCCCCCAGCAGCCCCCCGCCUACCGCUUCCUCCAACCCGUCAAGCAAUGCGACAUGCCACUCACCGACUUGCUUAGCGAACUAGGCCGUGACCCCUGGCCUCUAGGCAUGGGCAAGAGGCCGCUACGAAGCAGCGGUGUAGCCCUAUCACUGGCCGUUGGCCUACUCGAAGUGACCUACCCCAACACGGGAGCCCGCAUCAUGAUGUUCCUCGGCGGCCCGUGCUCUCAGGGUCCGGGUCAGGUGGUGAACGAUGAGCUGAAGCAGCCAAUUAGGUCUCACCACGACAUCCACAAAGACAACGCCAAGUACAUGAAGAAGGCUAUCAAGCACUACGAGGCGCUAUCUCUGCGCUCGGCUACGAAUGGACAUGCUAUAGACAUCUACUCGUGCGCGCUUGACCAGACCGGUUUGAUGGAGAUGAAGCAGUGCUGCAACUCUACUGGUGGACACAUGGUGAUGGGCGACUCGUUCAACUCGUCGCUGUUCAAGCAGACGUUCCAGCGCGUGUUCUCCAAGGACCAGAAGGGCGACUUCAAGAUGGCCUUCAACGGCACGCUCGAGGUCAAGUGCAGUCGCGAGUUGAAAAUAUCGGGCGCGAUCGGAUCCUGUGUUUCGCUGAACGUGAAGGGGGCAUCAGUGUCGGAGCAGGAGGUGGGCAUGGGCGGCUCCUGCCAGUGGAAGAUGUGCACCUUCACGCCCAGCACCACCGUCGCCGUGUUCUUUGAGGUAGUAAACCAGCACUCGGCGCCGGUGCCGGCGGGCGGGCGCGGCUGCAUGCAGUUCAUCACGCAGUACCAGCACUCUAGUGGGCAACGCCGCGUCCGGGUCACCACUGUCGCGCGCAAUUGGGGCGACGCCGCGGCCAACUUACACCACAUAUCGGCCGGCUUCGACCAGGAGGCGGCGGCGGUGGUGAUGGCGCGGCUGGUGGUGUACCGCGCGGAGCAGGAGGACGGGCCCGACGUGCUGCGCUGGCUCGACCGCAUGCUCAUACGCCUGUGCCAGAAGUUCGGCGAGUACGCCAAGGACGACCCGAACAGCUUCCGUCUGUCGGAGAACUUCAGCCUGUACCCGCAGUUCAUGUACCACCUGCGCCGCUCGCAGUUCCUGCAGGUCUUCAACAACUCGCCCGACGAGACCACCUUCUACAGACACAUGCUGAUGCGCGAAGACCUCACGCAAUCGCUCAUCAUGAUCCAGCCGAUCCUCUACUCGUACAGCUUCGGAGGCGCCCCGGAGCCUGUGCUGCUCGACACCAGCUCCAUCCAGCCCGACCGCAUCCUGCUCAUGGACACCUUCUUCCAGAUCCUCAUCUACCAUGGAGAGACAAUAGCGCAAUGGCGCGCGCUCCGCUACCAGGACAUGGCUGAGUACGAGAACUUCAAGCAGCUGCUACGAGCGCCCGUCGACGACGCACAGGAGAUCCUGCAGACCAGGUUCCCCGUGCCACGGUACAUUGAUACAGAGCACGGCGGCUCACAGGCCCGGUUCUUGCUGUCCAAAGUGAAUCCCUCUCAGACUCACAACAACAUGUACGCGUAUGGCGGGGCGAUGCCGAUACCAUCAGCGGACGGUGGCGCCCCCGUGUUGACGGAUGACGUGUCGCUGCAAGUGUUCAUGGAGCAUCUUAAGAAGCUAGCCGUGUCGUCGACCGCCUAGCAGUAACUGACAAAUAGUGCGUUAUGGAUGAUCUAUGUCCUUUCGUCUUGGGCGACCCCCGCGCAUUUUGGUAGCUAUUCUGUUUAAAGGUAAGCGUCCACAAAUCGGCCCAAACGAAUUGUCAUAAAUGUAUGGAGAAACGGCGAUGAAGUGGACGCACUUGUGUGGAUUUCUAUACAAAGAAUACUGAAUGCGAUGCGGCCGUUGCGUAAAUGCCGUAAGGUGGACGCUUACCUUAAGAAUAUGCUACGUUUUUUAAACUAAAAAUAGCAGAGCGUCCUAAAUGCGUUAGUUCCAAUUUCGGCCACUACUGUUAUAAUAUUUGUCGCUCUGCAGUUGAUAUUCCAUGGUGGCAGAUGUAAUAAAAUUCCUAUAGGCAUGCGUGCGUUUUGUCCAUCGAUGAAGAUUCCCCUAUGUUUACUACAAUUUUAAGUUAUAUUUUCUACUGUGUAAAUUAAAUUGGAUCUAUAUAGUAUGUUGUGUUUAGUUUACAUUUAUAUUGAAAUGAAAAAAGGUUAUUAUAGAGAUUGUAUAGUAUGACUUUUAUAUCUUUUAUUUAAUUCAAUUUUCUGUUGUGCAGUAUUAGGUGGAUGAAUUUUAAUAGCAACUUCAAUACCUAAAUGUAGUUGUACCUAUCUAUAUUUCCAAAAUAAAUGGCAUAUAAUUUGU